AUGGCAAAUAGUUCUAAGAUACAUAAGCUAAGUUCGAAAGAGCGGCUUGAACGAAUACGAAAGUUACGACGACUUAGGAAAGAGUCUUGGAUUGAAAAUAAGAAAGAACUGAAUAAAGAAUAUGAAGACAAGAAGACAUCUGUCAAACUUAUGGAACAAUCAGAGAGAGAGAAGGAGCAUAAACAAGAAGAGCUUGAUAAAUUAAGCAAUAUGAAUUAUACUGUUGAGGAGGAUGAAGAAUGGAAUAGAAAAGUUGAAGCACGAAAAUUAUUAUCUAGUCAAGGAGAGUUUCAGAACUAUAAGCAAUUGGCAGAGAGGACAUACUUGAAGAACGUGGUGAAGAUGCAAGAGAUCUCGGAAGAAGAGUAUGAAUUGCAGAAAAAGGUUUAUAAAGAAUUGAAGGAAAAGGGAUUGAACGAGGCGGAAAUUAUUACGCAGCUGACAGAUAGAGAGAGAUUGAAGCAUCUGAUAGGAGAGAUCAAGAAGAAAGAUGAAAAAUCGUACCAAAAGAGAGGGAAGGCAGGAAAAGCAGGAGAAAUUGAUACAGAUAUUGGAUACAUCAACGACAAAAACAAGCAAUUCAACGAUAAGUUGAAUAGGCAUUUUGACAGAUAUCUAGGAAAACUGAAGGAAGACAUCAAGAGAGGAGGUGCUAUAUAG